AUGACUGCGCUCAACAUCACCGACGAAGACCUACUGAAGCUCAAGGGGAAAGUGACGAUCCUCACCGGCGGCUCAGCCGGUAUCGGACUCGCCACCUCCAAGCUCUUCUCCGCAAACGGUGCGAUCCUAUACAUCGGCGACCUGCGCCCUCCGCCCCCCUCCGUCCUCCUUCCAGGAUCCACGUUCCUCAAAACGGACGUGACGCGCUGGGAGGACCUGCUCUCCCUCUUCCACCGCGCGUGGGAGGAUCAUGGACGUAUCGAUAUCGUGCUCCCUAAUGCUGGUGUGGGGGAGAUAGAGGACAUGUUCGCGGACACGCUCGACGCGGACGGGAAGCUAGAACGUCCGAAGUACAAGGUGCUGGAUAUCAACCUCGGGGGCGUGCUGGACUGCGUGAAGAUCGCCGUGUAUCAUAUGAAGAAACAGCAGGAAGGUGGGAGCAUUGUCAUGACCGGGAGCACGGCGAGUUAUCUGGGAGAACCGAUCCCGCAGUAUACGACUGCGAAGCAUGGGCUGCUCGGGCUGAUGCGCGCUACGAAGAAGAAUCUGCUCAAGCACGGAAUCACGAUCAACCUCGUCUGUCCAUGGAUGACCGAGUCCAACCUCAUGUUCGAUUCUCUCCGUGAAGCGCUCAUCAAGCACCACAUCCCGAUCAACGACCCCACCUCGAUCGGCAAAGCCCUGGCUUACAGCGCCGUCUCUGGGCAGGACUGGACGGGGCGGACGAUCUAUGUUGCUGAUAAUACGUUUACGGAGAUCGAGAGCAAGGUGCAGGAGCUGGAGCCGGGCUGGUUGGGAGAGAAGAACGCGAGGGAGUUUAGGGAGGCGGAGAAGGUGGAUUAUUUUGGUGAUGACCAGCCGCAGCCGGGGAAUUGGACAGAGUGAGGGAAGA